AUGCGAUCUCUCACUGUGCUUUCUACUGCAACGCUGCUGGCACUUGCCACAGUGCCUGGCGCUGCAAUCGACGACAGCACUAUUGAUCCUCAACAACAAAAAGAAGCCUUUAAUACCACUGAGAUACCCCGGGCUCCUCUUCCUUGGGGGAUGGUCAACUUUCUGCACACAACGGAUACUCAUGGAUGGCUUGAUGGGCACGCGAAUGUACCCAGCUGGGGUGCUGACUGGGGCGACUUCGUUUCCUUUGUCAUGCAUAUGAAAGACAAAGCCUUAAAGAAGAAGGUAGACCUUCUUCUUAUUGACAGUGGAGACUUCCAUGACGGUGGUGGCCUCAGUGACAGUACAAGCCCGAAAGGAGCCGUCUCAGACAGUAUCUUUGAGAACGUUGACUACGAUAUCGUGACAAUUGGUAACCACGGGGUCCGAACCGGGGCAGAAGCUUUGAACAUUCACCACAACCUAUCGAGGGUUUAUGGUGACCGGUUUCUCACCAGUAACGUGGACGUAAAUGCCAACGGGAUACUUGAACCAAUUGGCAAGCGAUAUCGCGCCUUCCAAACGAGAAAUGGGCUACGAGUCGUGGCGUUUGGAGUUACUGUCAAUGACCCUGUCCUCAGGGAUCUAAGAAAUACAGAAGUAUACAGCGCAGGCUGGAUAUUCCAACAAACGUGGUUUGAAGAAGCUAUGAGGAAAGACGCUGACCUGUACCUGCUUGUUGGUCAUGCGCCUACUUACGCUUCUUGUCUGGAUCCUGAAAAAGAUAACCCUCUGGUGUGUCUGCGCGAUAGGAUCAGGAAUUCCACAGAUAAGCCUAUCCAGCUCUUCGGGGGCCACGCCCAUCAUCGAAACUUUACGUGCUAUGACGAGAGAUCCUCAGGUAUCGAAUCUGGCAAGUACUGUGAUACCGUGGGCUGGGUGGCCUUGAACAACGUGUCAUCACCGGCGUGGUCUGGUGCGAAGGCACUGACGGGUGAUGAGCCCCGCCCCAGCAAGUCCUGUCCUGUGAACAGUCAAGGGAAUAUAAAGAACAUCCCCUAUCUACUUGAUCGCCGAUACCUGGACUGGAACCGCGUAACGUUCUCGUACCAUACGGUCAACCUGGAAGGGGACGCCGACAACCCGUCCGUGCCAGCAUCCUUCGAUACGCCCCUGGGCCGCAAGGUCACCGACGAUAUCAACAAAGCCCGACACUUACUCAACCUGACCCACUUCCUGGGAUGCGCGAAGGAAGAGUAUUGCUUCAAUUGCAAGAAAGUGGGACAGGACGGCAAUAUCUAUGAGCUCCUCAAGGAUGCCCUCGCUGACACGGUUGUCAAGAAAGAACGUGCACACCUGGCGCGGGUCGUGCUCUCCAACGACGGUACAAUCCGGGAUAAUAUUUACCAAGGUCCUUUCAUGACAGGGGACGCCUAUGCUGUCGUGCCCUUUCCGAAUCAUUUCCAAUAUAUCGCCAAUAUGUCAUGUCAUUAUUUCAGGAAGAUGACUUCAAGUUUGCAGGCAAAGCAAGGCGUUUCCUGCAUCGAUGACGGCGAUGAGAAUAAGUUGCCUGUGAUAGACGAAAAUGAUCAUGGAUCCCGGCCUGAGUCACACCUGGAACUCCGGCGCAUGUUUGGUGGUCGAAAAUUUCAACUAGCUGCUAGUUCUUACAAGCACGCACAACAAAAGGAAGAACAGAAACAACACAGCCCGGGGUACACAACGCACGACGCUUUGGGCGACGACGGAGACGACACUCUACACUCGCCUGUUAUCGAGAACGAAAGAUACAUGAAACUGUUCUGGGCAAAUGCCAGCUUCCCGAACGCGUCUCAUUACCCGCCUUCAUUUGAUGUGGUCUUUACCAACUACCUCAAGAAGAGAAUUCUCGAUGCUCUUAAUAAAACUGGGGCUCCUUAUACAGACGAUGACGUUGCUGAUUACCUGCCCCGAGAUUAUACUAGUAGAGAGGUGCUGGUUGAUUAUACUGCGAGGAAUUGGGGCCAGGAUAGGGAGAACUGUCCUAUUCGGAGGCCGGGGGACCGUUAG